AUGGCCCCGAACAUAGACAAAGAAGCGGAGCAUCUCCGGAACAAAGCCAGGAAAGAGCUUCUGGCUGUGCUCGAGGGCGUCCGGGGAAAGAAGAACUUAGUCAUCGGGAAGGACUUGACUGGAUUGCUCAGCCUCUUCAUCCAGUUCCCCACCCUGAAAGAGUAUGGCGUGGACAAAGUCUUCGAGCUCGAGAACGGGAACACCGACUCUUCGCAAAAAGGCAUCAUCUAUCUCGUCCACGGCGAGAAGGCCAGCUUGGUUCAAGCUGUAGCAGAACAGAUCAAGAAACUUCAGCGAAAUGGGUCAGUCGAGCAUGAGAUCUCGAUUUGCUGGGUUCCCCGAAGAACCCUGGUGUCGAACAAAAUUCUGGAAGAUGAAGGCGUUCUAGGAGAUGUCAACGUCUCAGAGCUGCCGCUCUAUUUCCUCCCCCUCGAAGAUGACCUGUUCUCGCUAGAGCUGGACGAGGCCUUCACUGAUCUCUACCUGAGACAUGACCCUUCACCUCUAUAUCUGGCGUCCAAAGCACUGAUGCAUAUCCAACAACGGCAUGGCCUGUUUCCAAGAAUCCUAGGGAAGGGGGACAAUGCGCGAAGGCUUGCCAAUCUUUUACUCAGGGGUCGCAAGGAGCUGGACGCCGAUGAAGCUGCUACGCAGUACACCAGCUUGCCCAGCACAUCAAUCGAGCAGCUGAUCAUCAUCGAUCGCGAGGUUGACUUCGCUACAGUCUUGUUGACUCAAUUGACAUACGAGGGCCUCAUUGAUGAGAUCAUCGGUAUCAAGCAUAACCGUGCAGAGGUUGAUUCAUCAGUUAUCGGGCCAACUCCUCAACCGCGGCCACAGGCGGGCCCCGCCUCGACUUUGCCUCUACCAGCUGUCAAACAGAGCCUGAAGCGAAAGAUCCAGCUUGAUUCAUCGGACACGUUGUACGAUCAGCUUCGUUCCUCCAACUUCGCGCUUAUCGGUCCGCACCUGAACAAGAUAGCUCGACGCUUGGAAUCAGACUACGAAGGACGUCACAAUGCUCGUGGUAUCAACGAACUACGAGACUUCGUGAACAAGCUGCCUACUUUCCAACAGGAGCAUCAGUCGCUGGCUAUUCAUACAAAUCUGGCCGAUGACAUGACAAAGCACACCCGGUCUGACACCUUCAACCGCGAACUGGAAGUCCAGCAGAACAUCGCUGCAGGGGCAGAUCCAAUCUAUCAACAUGAUACCAUCGAGGAACUCAUCGCUCGCGAUGCUCCACUCUCCACCAUCCUGCGCUUGCUAUGCCUCGAAUCGACCGUGGCUGGGGGCCUGCGUCCCAAGGACCUAGAGUCCUUCCGCCGACAGAUACUCCAUGCCUACGGUUUUCAGCAUCUCUUGACUCUCGACAGACUGGAGGAGAUUCAACUACUGCAGCCACGCUCAUCCGCUUCGGCAUUGCUUCUCCCAGUCGGUGGCGCAGCAGGUCAGUCCGAUAGGGGCACCAAAACAAACUACGCGUAUUUGCGGAAGGAGCUACGACUGAUCAUUGAUGAGUACAACGAACAAGACCCCGGAGACGUUGCGUAUGUUUACUCUGGGUAUGCACCCUUGAGCAUCCGCAUUGUGCAAUGUAUAUUGCAAAAGCAGUAUCUGCAGACACUGCACAAAUCGCCUUUGCCGCUCACCCCUUCGAGUACGGGAUGGACUGGGUUUGAAGACAUCCUCAAAUCGGCACGGGGCCCACUGUUCAAUAUUGCCCAGAAGCCCACAGAUGAGAGCGCAGCGAAAGCCAAGGCUGCUUUGGCAGGCACUGGGGGCUGGAAGACCGUCUUCGUCAUGUUUGUCGGAGGUAUUACCUUUACGGAAAUUGCCGCCCUCAGAUUUAUCGGACGCAAGCUACAAGAGGCAGGACAGAGAAAGAAAAUCGUCAUUAGCACCACUGGUAUUGUGAGUGGUAGAAGUAUAAUGGAGGGAGUCAUUGAGAAGUCAACCUUAGGUUCAGGACUUUCCGCAACCUGA